AUGCCUACCUGUGGCAACCUGCUGUGGUGUGGAGUCCUUACGAGGCUUGGUUGUUGGGUUAUCUUGACCAAAAAUGACGAAUUUGCCCAGGUACCUGACGCACCUAAGCCCUGCUUUGGAGUGGGUCAACGAUCAGUCUACUCCGAUGCCACCCGAGGCGGUACGGUGGAUGGCUACAAGUGCCAGCCAGUUUACCUAGAACACUUGCAGUAUGCCGCGGUAGUCGACUGA